AUGGGCCAGCGCAAGAAGAGUGCCGCCAUCAAGUCGACGGGUGCUACCAGUUCGAAGGCGGCCCCCUUGCCCGACUGGGUCAAGGGAGGAGGCAAGCCACCUCCGCCCUCAGCCUCGUCGUCUUCUAUGCGCAGCCCGGACGACACCCGGCCGCCACCCUUGUUCCCGCCUGGCACCAAGACUCCACAGAAUCUCCUCAGCGAGCGACUGCAGAAGUUGCAUAAGGAUUGGAACAAGCCAGACGAGGCUGAUGGUGGCGCCAUCACUACCGCGGCAACUUCCGCCACUGACAAUAAGCCAGCAGUACCUUGGACGUGCUCAGUCACCCUCUCUCGCCAGAAUCCUCGCGACAAGUCCACUAACGAUGUGAUUAGAAUAGUUCCAGAUGACAAGGACAGUCGACAACGCUUCACAGCAGGCGAGGUCAUGUCUAAGGAGAUGGCACGACACUGGGGUGCCACCUACGUCCUCUUUCGCCUCUUUUCUACUCAGUCUUUGGGACUCAUGCUCCCGAAGCAGUUCAAGCAUUACUGGACACAGCUCGAAGCAUGGAAGAAGUCCGUCCCCGCCGAGCAACAGACAUUCCUCUUCGCCGCAGACCCCUUCACCGUCCAGGCACAGCAGAAGGCAGAAAAAGAGGCACGAGCCGCCAAGCGUGAGAGAGAGGAGCAGCGUAAGAAGGAGGCUAGAGAGACGGAGCCUGUGCCCAAUCUGCCAAAGAGGUGGAGAGAUGCAAAGGAGGCACGCAUGUCCAAGAGCAUGAGGGACUGGGUUGAGGAUGUCGUCAAGCGCGCCUCAGCUGCUUUGCCUGCGCUUCUCGAGGAAGCUGAAGAGACUCUGGAGGGCCAAGACGAGGCAGAGAGCUCAAACAAUCCAAAGCCAGCGCCCAAGCCAAUCGACGGGCCCGCGCUCACCAAACAGCUCACCACGCUGGGAUUCCGUCCCGGCUACAUCUCGUCAGCCCUGUCCUGGCUGCCCCGCGCCCGCAAAGCCAUCGCAUCGCACGGUGCCACUCGGGGCAACUACCUCCUCCAGACCAUCGCUACCCAGUCGGACCUGGACGCCAUCCUCACCUAUCUCACCCUCUAUGUGCCUGAGGAGGACCUACCUUCGCGCUUCAAAGCCGGCGUCACGAGCGAGUCAUUCAUCACCACUGCGGUCGCAAAGGGCAAGGAGGAUGGUCUCAAACUUCAGUAUGCCCUUGACCGCCUGACAAAGGGGGCAGGGUACCCCAAGUCUGCAGCGGAAAAGGAGCUGAGCAUUGGCAACGAGACGGAUGUGGGUAAACGGGAGGUCACUGCCAUGAGGAGGUUGGCGCGUCGUCUUGGAAAGCAGACAGAGCAACCCUCUGCACCCUCAUCGCCUUCAUCGCCUUCCGCAUCCCUCAAAGAGCUAUCACUGGACGACGGGCAAGGAGACGAAGGGUUACUCGACCGGCGAAAGGAUGAAAUGACGGUCAUCGAGUCUAUUCUCGGCACAGACCGUGUGCUCCCUCUAGAUCCCAAUGACCGCCCAUUGGGCUUCACCAGCUCGGACUGCUUCGACGUCGUCAUCGCUGGCCCGUCGCGCGCCAGAAUUGAGGGUCAGUGGGGCAAGGAGGACAUCCGCCUGCGCGUCCUUUGGAAGCACGACAGCUAUCCCAUUGAAAGCAGUGAUGCCGCUCCGCCUACUUUCUACGUGACCUCCCCUGGUCAGACGGCAUUGCCACCCUACUUGCGCCUGGCAUUGACGCAGCAUCUGCUGCGCAAGUUUGAAGAGUCUCAGGAAUGGAAGCAGCAACUGCAGGAAGGGCAGGGUGGGAUCGUGCUUGCUAUGGCGGAGGAGCUGGAGAGCUCUUGGAAGGGUAUUGUCCGAGGGGACAAGAUCAAAUUCGAAGAGGUCAUGGUAGGAUUCACGGCGCAGCCUUCGCGCUCGACCUCACCAUCUCAGCCAUCGUCGCCCUCGUCCAGCAAAGCAGCAGUGCGCAAGCCGACUGCCCCCACCGGCCCUCGUCACCUACCUCCGCGCCCGAUUCUUCGAGACUUUGCAGUCGACAACAAGCUCUCGCAGCGAGCGAAGGCAUUCAAGUCCUCGGCACAAGGCGGCGAGCUCCUCGCUGCGCGCAACAGCCUACCCAUCGCACGUCACUACCCCGAGAUUGUCGCUACGUUGGCAAACCACCGCCUCACGCUCCUCACCGGUUCCACGGGCUCGGGAAAGACGACACAGCUGCCGCAAUUCAUUCUCGAUUCAGAGAUCGAGCAGGGCAAGGGAAGCACAUGCAAAAUCAUCGUCACGCAGCCUCGCCGUGUCAGCGCUAUGAGCAUCGCAGAUCGAGUGGCGCACGAGCGUGGUGAGCGGGUAGGUGACACGGUCGGUUGGUCCGUUCGCGGCGAGCGCCGUGUGGGGCCGAACAAUCGCAUCCUCUUCACCACAACCGGUCUUCUGCUCCGUCGUCUCACCUCAGAGCCGGAUCUAGCUUCCGUCUCUCACCUGCUCAUCGACGAGAUCCACGAGAGAUCCCUCGACUCGGACUUGUUGCUGCUGGAAGUCUCCGCCCUCCUGAAAGUCAACCCUCGCAUCAAGGUCGUGCUCAUGAGCGCCACACUGCAAAAGGACAAGUAUAUCAACUACUUUGCCAAGCGCAUCCCUGGCGGCAACAACGGCAUUGGCAGCAUAGACGUGGAGGGUCGCACUCAUCCUGUAGAGGACUUCUACCUCGAGGACCUGGUUCAGGCCAUCAGCUUCCGUCCUUCUUCCUCGAGCCCGGCGUCGUACUCUGCGAGCAGGGACAAGGCCGGCCCCCUCAAGGGUUUGCGAGUAGAUGCGUUCAACCGUGGUCUGUCUGAGGGCGAUAUCACUGCCAUGGAGGUGCUGGAGCGCCAAGGUCCGGGUCUGACGCCGCAGGACUACGAGCUCAUUGGCAAAGCCGUGAGACACGUCGUGCACAGAGAGACUGGUAAGGAAAGCCAGGCCAAGGCUUCAGGCGAGAAAGAUGUGCAGCUCGGCGCAGUCCUCGUUUUCAUGAGCGGCGUUGGGGAGAUUCGGCAGGCGAUCGACGCCAUUAGGCAGCUCAAUAACAACCCGCCGGUCGAGGUCAUGCCUCUCCAUUCCAAUUUGAGCAGCGAAGAGCAACAGCGCGUCUUUGGUCCCACGAGCGACCCGCAGUUGCGCAAAGUCGUCGUUGCGACCAACGUGGCAGAGGCCUCCAUCACGAUUGACGGCGUUACCGCCGUCGUGGACACGGGCAGAGUAAAGGAGAUGUCUUAUGACCCCGAAGCAGGCUUGAGCAGGUUGGUGGAGAAGAUGACGAGCCGAGCUUCGGCGACGCAGCGACGAGGUCGAGCAGGCCGCACUCGACCUGGAGAGUGCUGGAAGCUCUUUAGUCGCACCAUGGAGGCAAGGGUUAUGCCUCCAAAUGGCCAGCCGGAGAUGCAGCGCGUCCCUCUGGAGAAUGUGGUGCUAUACGCCCUUACGAUGGGCAAGGAGGACCCAGGGGGCUACCUCAGCGAGGCUGUGGACCCGCCCUCGCUCGCCUCCAUCAGCAGUGCCAUCGCAAACCUGCAUGAGGCUGGUGCGAUCCGCCCGGUUUUGUCGGCCUCCAAGAGCACCCUCACCACCUCCCCUCUUGGUCGGCACCUUGCCUCCCUCCCGCUGGACCUGCGCCUCGCCAAGCUCCUCAUCCUCGGUUCUCUCCUCCACUGUCUCUCCCCUCUUCUCACCAUCGCCGCCCUCAUGUCCACCACCAAGCCACUCUACGCCGCCUCCUUCGAGCAGCGCGACGCUCUCGCCCUCAUGCGCGCUCGCGAGGCCGAGGCACGCGGUACACGCUCUGACCUGCUCACCGACGCGGCCUUGUACGAGGAGUAUGCCGCUUUCACCAGUAAGCCAACGACCAAUUCUGCGAUUAGGAACAAGGUGGCCAAGCAAUUUGUUGAAGGUCACUUUCUCAGUCAGGCAGGAUUGAGGGAGGUCGCCAACGCGAGGGGAGAUUUGUUGAGAGAUGUGAUGGACAUUGGCUUCGCGCCGCGCGACUACAAGAGUUGGACUGGGCAUGAAUUGGAUGAGCAUGCGGGAGACAUGAGUACGCUGAGAGCGUUACUCGCUGCUAGUCUGUGGCCGCAGGUAGUCAGAGUGGCACAGCCUGAGGCUAGGUACCAGGAAUCUUCCUCCGGUGCGAUCGCCAAAGACCCCGAAGCUCGUCAAGUCCGUCUAUUCUCGGACCCCAUUGGCACGUCCCCCUCUUCCACCAGCAGCGCUACGGGUGGUCGUGUCUUCCUCCACCCCUCGUCGGUCCUCUUCUCGAGCACGAAGAUUGACAGCAGUCACCUCGCAGUAUGGCGCAAGAGUGACACUAGCAAGCCGUCGGUGGCCAGCAAAGAUGCAAAGGUCUUCCUACGCGAUGCGACUGAGGUCCCUGUUUAUGCCUUGCUGCUGUUCUGCGGCAGAUUGAAGGUACAUGCUAUGAUGGGCGGUAUCUCCGCCAACAGCCGUCCCACAACACCCGCUACCGCUCCCAUCCCUCCGCCCGCCAACGAGGAAGGCUCGGUCCGCAUUCGUGCCCCAGCACGCAUUGCUGUCUUGUCAGCUCAAUUGCGGCGACUUCUCGAUGCUCACCUGGCCGAGGCUUUCGAG